AUGAAGCCAUUUCAUCGCAUACCGUCCUCAAUCCGCGUCCGCAGGACCGAGACAGACGCAUCGCGCAACUCCCUCUAUUCUUCGGCAGACACCUACACAGGCCGCGCACCAGCCCCCAACCAAGACGCUGCUAGCGAAGCGAACGGUAAUUCGACGCAGUCUGCGCUUCCUCCUGGAGACUACUUCACACUACGCAGUCUGCGCAGAGGCUCAGCUUCGACCAUAGGUGGAGACGAUGAUGGUGCCAGACAAGAUCGCACCACCCCACGCGCUGAAUCAAGUUGGCGACCUUCAACCCGCGAUGAUACCGAGUCUCAAGAUGACGACGAGAUGCUUCGACUCGAGAUGCAAGCAGCCAGGCGUGCAAUUCACGACGAGAGGCAGCGCGAGCAGCGCCGGCGCGACAAGAACAGAUCCAGUAGAUCUCCUCCAGGUGAUUAUCCGCCCAUUCGUCUGAGUGACGAGUCGCUACAUCCGCCAAUUCCCAAUAUGUUAUCCAGCCGCAGACCAGGCGCCGUUGAGGGUCUCGCUUUGCGUCAUCACCGUCAGCGCAAGGAAGAGCGUCGUAGAAGGCGCCACAACCAGCACAACUCGGUCUCUACCUCAUCUACACAUUCCUCCACCACAGCUUCCCGAGACGACGUUCCCGCGACAGACAACAGCGCGUCACGCCGCGCCAGUGAAACUGUUGCGCUCUACCCACCCCAUCUGCGUAAUCUAUCCGAUGUAAAAGAAGAACGUUCGAGCCAGACGCCGGCGUCACAAGCACCUCCACCCAACCCAUCCCUCGUCGUCAGCCCACCGACAGAAGCGUCCGUUCAAGAUGCAAACCCACACCCGAACCGAGCACGUCGCAACACGGUGGCAGACGACGGGCUCAUGGCCACAUCUCGUCGCCUUUACGACUCUUUGCGCCGACGCAAGUCCGAUCAAAACUUCUCGGCUAGUGACGAGGAGCAGCGAAGAGUGCUGACGCCAUCCUUUCGUGAAAGAGACGACAACCUGGAUGAACAGCGUGACUCGACCGAUUCUUCUGCCAGCAGUGACAUGCACGAGGAUGAGGUGGUGGAUUACCUGGAUGUCGUAGAUCCCGAGGUGGCCACUGUCACCGCUCUUCAAAAUGUGGGCAACUCGAUCUUCUUCCCUCCGAUACCCAUGCUUUACAGCCGCAGACCCACCAUCAGUCUACCCACCGCAGCCGCUCGACAACCUUCUGCUACGCCUCGCGUCACGCCACAGCAUGAGGCCAAAUCUGAAGAUAUCGAGCUUGGUCUCAGGCAGGAUUCGGAACAGCAAGAUAAAGAGGCAGAUGCUUCGCGUUUCAGCAGCAUGCGUCGAAUGGUGUCCUUCGCCCCGGGCCGCAGGAGGAAGGAAAUCCCUCCCACCACGGAGGAAGAGCGUCGGAAACACAUCAAGGAGUGGGCGCACAUGGACGAGGAUGAGCGCAACGAGCUUGAUGAGCAUGUUCAUGUGCUGCUGACCAAAAAGGCCAAAUUCAAACGUGCUGCAAGAGGCUUUUGGAGAUAUGUCAAGACGCCACACGGCUUCAUUAUCACCACAUAUGCGUUUCUGAUCACUUUCUGGGGUACAGCCAUCUGCCUGUUCCUGCUUCGCUGGAUUGACGUGGGCAACCCGGCAACACAACGGUAUUGGAUCGAAAUUUGUGAUCAGAUCUUGUGCGCACUUUUUGCCGCUGUGGGUCUCGGCUUUGCGCCCUUCCGAGCUGUGGACACGUACAGAAUGGUGCAGAUCGCGCACUACCACUUUCUCACGUAUAAGCGAAGAAAACAGCUUGAUCUUCCGGAGCUCAAGGACAAGAACGAGCUGCCUCGCGCGGCGCCUCGUCUUCACAUGUCGCAGAUGACCGACACGAUGAUGGUCAAGACAGGUCUCAGGAAGGCCACGCUUGCUGCGGCAACCCAUAAGGAUCCAGUUGGUUCAGCUGAUGCACAAAAUGCUGUACGGCUGGGGCAAAGCUCGUACAACGCUUCAGACCAAGAUGGACGACCUGGUCAAGACGCACAGAGCGCCGAUGCAUCUGGGAGGGUCAUGGACGCUGUUGAAUUGAGGCGAAGCGCGUGCGAGGUGGAAAAGCUCAAAGAAGAGCGUCGACAAAAGCACGUGUUCCUGCAUCGCAAAAAACGGACCAAGAAGUCGAAAGACGAGGAGCAGUCAAAUACGGGGUCGCAGGGGACGUCAUCGUCCGAACGCUCUGUACCACCCACUCAACACAAGACGUAUGCCAACAAGGACGGCAUUAUACCUCUCGGACAAUUGAAACGCAAUCCAUCGAUCGCAUCUGAAUUGCCUCGCGAUGCAGAAGAUGUUGUGGUUCUCAGUCCCAAACAACAAGCCAACCUCGAGUAUCAGCAGCGCAAAUUCCACGAAUCGCACACCUUUUACCGGUACCGCGAGACUGUCACUCAUAGGCCGUUCGAGUUGUCACUCAUGAUGACUAUUGUGAUUCUGCUCGACUGUCAUUCGUGCCUACAAGCUUCGCUAGGAGGUACGACAUGGGGUAUCUACUACAAAAACCGACCAACCUCAGUGACGGCGACGAUUAUUACGUUCUCGUUGAGCUGCAACGCAGUGGCUGGGUUUCUGAUCUGGUAUGGCGGGAACAAGACCAAGAAGAAGGAGGAAGUAGAGAGGUUGUUAGGGAUCGCAUUGGAAGAGGAGGCAUUGAGAAAGAUGCGGAAAAAGGAGAGGCGCAGGAUCAAGCAGCAGAACGAUGCGAUCCAGUGCCAAGCUCCAGCAAUGACCGAUGAGGAGCAAGGUGGACAGAGUGGAGGCCAGGUUCACUUUGCGCAUCAGGUGCGCGGUGAUGUGCCAGGUAAUUUCAUAGCACCAUCAGCAACCACACAGUUGCAGCCAACAGCAUUGAACUGCAUCCACGAACAUUAA